GGUGACACUACGACCUAAUUCACACUAUCUAGAUCACAUCUGUUGAAGCUGAAAUUGAGAUUUCUCAGGACAAUUGAAUUGGGUGAUCGAAAACAAAAUGGCAAGUGAAGAAGCGAAGGAUCCAUGGAAAGGAGAAGAGUGGGGGAUUGAGAAUGAGAAGGAGAAUAAGAAGAAGAAGCCAAAUGGUGGUGGUGGUGUGAAAACGGUGACGAGAGCGAGAAAACAAAUGCCGAGGGGACUUGAAGAGAAAUACGAAGCUUACUUCCUCCCGCGAAAGCCAUGGCCGAGGGCUCUUGCCUACUACGGAAGUUUCAUCCUCGGUGGGAUCGGUGCUGGUAUGCUUAUUGAAGCUUGGAUCAACAAAAAAGUCAAAGAAGACGGAGGAGUCCUUUGGGAAUUCGACAAAUGAAACUAAAUAAGAAUGUAAGGAACAGCGAGAGUUUUUUGUUUUACUUGCUACACUCUCUAUAUAAUCAGAAAUGGAUUGAACAAAAUGUUUCUGAUUUUGCCGUUUGGUUUGUUGUUGUUACGAAACUCUGCGUUUUCUUUUGUAUUAUUGUUUGGCCAA